AUGACUGAAGCUGAAGCCAGUUAUUGCCAGGAUGGCAACUUUUGGAAGUUCCCCAACAGAAAAUCUAUUAAAAAUGCAAUUUUCGAGCUUUAUUACCAGCUCUACUAUAAAUUCAGUUGUGAACAAAAUUCUAUACCUUGACAAAAAGGUAAAGUAGCAGCAGAAGGUAUGAUAUGAUGCCUCCAAAUAAUAAGCUUACUGUGGCUUCCAGAUAUGUCUAUCAGCAAUUGAAAUAAAAAUAUGAUCAUAUGGAAGAUUAUAGGAUAUUUAAAAUUUGACAAUGUUUGCUCAGAAUUAGGGAUUAUCAGCGAAUGCUUAGUUUUAUCUGUCUUAUUUACCUGUACUAGUUUUUUGAUAUUUAUUAGUUUUUUUACUGCUAUUUAUAAUUCUUAUAGCAUACCCAUUCUUAUUUUGAACACCUUUCGCUACCUUUUUAUGAUAAUCUGCAAAAAUUUCUACCUAGGCUUGUUCAGGAAAAUAUAAAAAUUAUAUAAUUUUUUCUAAAAAUUAAGAUAUUAUAAAAUCUAUAUUGCUGAUAAAAAAUUUUUAUUGCUGAAUUAAUAUUCCCAAUCUAAUAUAGUUUAUGGAUAACUUUUUUUUUUAUACCCUCGAUUCAGCUUUUUACAAUUUUUCUUAAAUACAAUUUUUUUCCUCAGGAUAAAAUUGCAGAAUAUCAAAAUCACAAUGAUUUUUCUGAGUUUGAAAUUAGCUUGCUAUUUCAAAUUGGGAUAAUAUUCUCAAUUAUAUUUGCAUUGGUUCUAAUUUUGUUAAACACACAGUUUUCUGGAGAUAUUCGACAUUCUCUGCAUAAAUUAGUAAUAGUUGCUAAAGCACACUCACAAGUUGAUACUCAUAUAGCUAUUUUUACGUAUCUUUUACCAGUUUUUUAUGCUAUACUUGCUAAAAACUUUAUUAUAUAUUUGCAAAUAUUAGCUAUUAUUUUUUCAGCGAUUUUGAUCAGAGAAACUAUGGUAAUUCGCCCUUAUUUUUCUUUUUAUUACACCUCAAUAGCUAUUUUGCGAUUAUUUUUUAUAUCAUUUGUUUCUCUUAUUUUUAUUUUGGGUCGAUUAAUGGACAACUCAUUAGUUAUUUCUAUACUUGCCAUUAUUUUAGGGCCAUUAUUGUCUAUUUUUAUCGUUCUGUUUACGAAAAAAUCAAAAAUUGCUAAAAAUAUCCCUGAAGACAUUCAAAAUAUAAAUUCUGAAUACGAAUUAGAAAAAUAUUUAAGACAUGCAUUAUGCUCAAACGAUUUUGAAAAUAAAGACAAGAUAAUUCAAAUUUUUGAAAAUUUCUUUAUAGAUAAAAGGUUAAAUUGUAGUAAACUCCUUUCCAUAUGAGAAGCAAACUAUUGUCUAUUUACAUUAGAAGAUAAAACAUUAGCCAAUAUCAAGAUUGCUAAAAAUAAAGAAAUUUCUGAUUUAAAUAUGGAAGCGAAUUAUCAAGAAUAUUUAUGCAAUAAAAUUAUCUUAAGCAACCACUUAUCUGACAGCUUAAAUUUUUCUAACUUUUUUGCUGAAUUCCAGAAUGCUAAAAGAAAAGAUAAAGAAUUAUGCAUCAAUUUACUGAGUUUUUUAAAUGAAAUUACUUCUAUUAAGCCAAAUUUGAAAUAUUUAAAAAAGCAGUUGAACUCAAUAGAUGAAAAUAUUUCAGUUUUGAAUAAGCAAUAUAGCCAGUUAUCGGUAAAGUAUUUCAAUUCUAACUCGCCUGGUCCGUAUCGAACAAAAUAUUUUGUUCGCUCAUGAAGGGGGGUUAAUUUUCUUAAAAAAUUUAUAUAUAAAUUUAUAGAAAAUUUAUUUUUUCGAAAUUAAAAAAAUCAUAAUUCACAAAAAUUGGAAAUAAAUAGCUAUUUAAUUGGUAAAAAUUUAUCUUUUAAAAUGCAAGCUGUUUAGUUUUAAAUUAAAAAAUGUUAGCUAGAGAUUUGACUAUAAUUAUCACUUAUAUAUUUUUUUUUCUAAAAAUUAUUAUAUUAAAAAAGUUUAUUCGCUGGCGGCUUUUUGAGUAAAAAAUAGGGAUUUUUUCAAAAAUUUUUUUUCAUUCAUGGAGGAGGAGUAAAGAACUUUUAUCUCUUUAUGCUUCAUAUGCAAAAGAUAUCAUUUAUGAUUUAGAAAAAUCUGCAUUAAUUGAGAUGAAAAUAAGAUCUUUCGAUAAAGUUUUUUCUAGUUCUAUUAUCGAUUCUAGCACUUUCAGCUUUUUAAAUGAAAAUAAUGGAAUUUUAAUUAUUUCAAAUGAAUUUGAAAACUUUGGAGAAAUUCUCUAUGCAAAUCACAAAUCAGCUGAAAUUUUAAGACUUCCUUUAAAUAAUUUUAUCAAUGACAAUUUUUUUAAUUUUUUCCAUCCUUACCAUAAAGAAAGAAUUUCAAACGGAGCCAAGAAAUUUGUUCAAUUUAGUUCAUCAUUAGAAACAUACUUAAGCCAAGGCUUUUUUUUAAAUCUCCCAAACAAUUUAUUAGAAUGCGUUGGAAAACUAUCGGUUACAGUAAUAAAUAAUUUUAUUGUCUCUAUAUUGAUUUUUAGAGAAAAAGAAAUCAAGAAUCAAGUUGCCUUAAUUUCUGAUGAUUACGAAAUAAUUUGCCACUCACUCCCCCCCAUCCUUGAUCGAACGAUUGACUGUAAAAAUUCCUAAAAAUUGGAGAAUUAACCCCCAUCCUUGAUCGAACGAUUUUCAUAUCAUUUCAUUUUUUUAUAUAUAUAAAAAUAUAUUAGUUAUCAAAAGCUUGGGAGAUGCACCUAAUGAAGUUGUUUUCAGAGACUUUGAGACGACAGAAAGCUUUGGAAUAAACAUAUGAAGUGCUUUAGUCAUCAUCCUGGGCUUAAAAACUUAAUAAUCUAAUAAAAUAGAGAUUCUUUAAAAAUUAAAAAAAAAAUAAUAUUAUUUAAAAGUAAAUAAAAAAAAUAUAUAUAUAUAUUUUUUUUUAUAUAUAAAAGUUUUUUCCCAAAAAAUUUUUUUUUAAUCCCCAUCCUUGAUCGAAGACUCGGGAUCGUUCGAUCAAGGAUGGGGGUGGGGAGUCAGCUAAUUUUCAAAGAUUCUUAGGAAAUCCUAAUAAUAAUUUUGCAGGAACAAAUAUCAAAAAUUUAUUUUUUGAUUCAGAGGAAUUUGAUAUCAAGCCUUUUGUCGCUUAUUAGAUUAGAUCAUGAUGGGAAUUUAUAGUCCCCUUUUCCUGAAGCACUGUGCGUUUCACAGUCGAUACCUGCAGGGUGGUUCACUUAAAGCAGCUUGAGCCCAGGCCGAAACCCCGGUUUUAUGGUAUAGGAUUUUCCCUCCUUAUCUAGCCAAAGCCAGAUUUUGCUGAAACCUCCAUUUUUAGCCCAAGUACCAAAAUUGCCACCAUGCAUAGCUUAGGCCUGAUUGUCCAUUGAGGGACCCUUUUAUACUGGAGAGAUCUUCGUCCAGCCUUUAUUGCCUUUUUUCUCCAGAUUAUCUUCAAAGAAAAUCUCAAUGUGCUUACGCAGAUUCUGGACGGCGGGUAAGCCGCUCUGUCUCUAUCAGACACUGACUCUGGGCCUCGAGCCACUAAUCAGCUGGAAUAGUGCUAGGCCUCUCGCUUUUAAGUCCGGAUAUAUAUAAGGACACCCACCACAGGGAGGACAGGUCACUCGUCACCGGCCAUUUUAUAUAUAUUCUUUUUUUGUAGCUUAUACAUUACCCAAUUUUUUCAAUAAAAUGCAUUUAGUCUACUCAUAUUACGAAAUUUAUGGAAUAAAAGUCCCUUAUGCAAUAUUAAUAAAAGGAGACGAAGGAAUCAAAACAUGGAAGAUUGAAGAGCUUGUCCCUAAUAAUAAAACGGCAAAUUUGCAGGUUGUGAGCAGUCUUUUGUCAGCAAAGCUACCAGAAUCGUUUGCUACUUUCAGAACUAUUAGCUCAUUUCAAAAAGAAAAUCACUCUGAAGAAGAUUUGGACUCAAAAAUGGAUUUAUAUCGAUUUACUAACGAAGCCCCUGACAAAUAUGAUUUUUCAGAUAAAAAUGACGAAAAUAAGUCCCAGUACUCAGCGAGUUCGUCUCAAAACAAAUUUCUCAAUAUGCUACAAAUUUCAUCAAAGUCCAUUAAUAUCCUUCAUCUGGCUUUUAUUUUUGCUGUGAUUUUUAUUUAGGUUUUAACUGUUUUAGCCGUCAAUAUAGCAGUAUUGGUCUAUGCUUUUUCUAAAAUUAAUAUAAUAAGCGAUGUGGAGCUGCCAUUAUAUAUUGGAAGAGCUGGAAAAUAUUUUCAGCAAGUUGCUUUAUAUUCUCAUAUGGUCUUUCAGUGCUAUGUUUCUCAAAUGCCUGAAGCAAUCGCUCUUGUGCCAGACAUAUUCAGUAGAGAUGUGAACUCCUUACUUUCCCCCUCCGUGAGCUAACAAAACCAUUGCAAAUUCUAUAUUUUUUGAGUAGAAACCCACCCUCCAAUAGAACAAAAACCAUUUUAAUAUCAAAAUUUUUUAUGAAAAUAUAUUUUGAUAUAUGAAUAAUAAUUAGUAUAAUGAAAUCUCUGCCUAUUUCUCUUUAAUUUUAAACAGCUUUUAUUUUAAAAGCAUAAAUUUCGUCUGUGAGUUUAUAUUUUAAAAAAUAAUAAAAUAUUAAAAAUUAAUACCUCUGUAAGCAAAAAAAAAUUUUGUUGAAUCACGGAAGGGAGCUGGCAGAUUUUGAAACGCUUUACUCGAAUAUGACAAUAAAGUCAAAAAAUUGAAACCACUGUUCAGGUCAAACCAUUAUAAACGAUGUAAAUGUUGAUUUAUGACCAACAGAUGGCGGAGUUAAUCCAAAAAAAGUAAAUUUGGUGAAAGCUGUAGCAGAAUUUAUAAACCAUGUAUAA